AUGGCACCAAAUAACUUUAAAAUCGGUGUGGUUGCAGUGCUUGCGGGAUGCAUCCCGUCUGUUACUGCCGCACCAGUCGGCAGCAAUAAUGAUCAGACAUGUAGAAAGACGUCUGUGGCAAUAUUAGGUGCAGGAAUGGCAGGCAUCACCGCUGCUCAAGCCCUACAUAAUGCCUCGGUGUCGGAUUUUGUCAUUAUUGAGUACAAUGAUCGAAUUGGUGGACGGGCGUGGCAUGGCGACUUUGGCAAAAAGUCAGAUGGGAGCCCGUAUGUCAUCGAAUAUGGAUGUAAUUGGAUACAAGGUCUAGGAAAUCCUGGAGGCCCUGAGAAUCCCGUGUAUACACUAGUAAGUGAUGCUAUCAAACUGGUCCUGAAGUAA